UCCGAGGCACACCUCAAAUCACUUUCAACUUCCCGCCAAAAAAACAAAAGAUGAAAAAAUGUAGCACUGAAAGUAUUCAUAGUGGCACGAGUCGGAGACUGUCUCCUCUCGGAAGACCUUAGCGGCGAGACGGAUACAGCAAACGUCGGGAAUGUCGACGUGGCAUAUCUUCACCGAUGAUGGAAACGGUUUCCGGUGGGAGACCUCCCGUCCGGAGCUCAACACCAAAUCCCUGGAAAAGGCAAGACCACAAGAACAGAGUGCUUUUAUUCAACUCGACAGCUCCACUGCUCGUCUCCCCUCCAUGGCAGAUCUCUUCUUUCAAGGUUGUUCGAAGCUUCCAGAGAAUCGCGCUACUGGAACUGGGAGUGCUCCGAUGUUUCGAACCGGAUUAGGAAAAUCGGUGGCGGUGAAACAGUCUUCAAUUGCGAAAGCACUAUCUGUUCUUGGGGAUGACGAUUGUACUGAUACUGGACAAGUGCAUGCUGGGGAAGAUAGAUAUGGUUUCCCCAAUUCUCUUUUUCACACAGGCACAGGGAAAAUGGUAAACAUAUCUUCUGCAGGUCUUGUCAGAGCCAAAACAUUGUUGGAAUUGGAAGAAAGUGACACUUAUCAUAUCAAGAAGCAAUCCAAUGACAGUGAAUCAAGCAGGAUACCAAAUUUAUCUAAUUUAGAGAGGAGAAUUGGUAUCAAUAAUAUGGGGACUAUGGAUGCUACGUCCACUUCAACACCUUUAUUUAGUUCUAAAACUGUUCUAUUAGGAAGUGAUUUGAAAAUAAAUGUCAUUCCAAAUCCCAUGCAACCAAGAAUGUGUGAUUCUGCUCUUAAACCACCUCCAAUAAAGUUCCAUACCGCAGGUGGAAGAUCUAUAUCAGUUUCAAGUGAUGCAUUGCGACGUGCAAGGAGCCUUCUUGGUGACCCAGAACUAGGAACAUUCUUAGAGGAAGGGAAUGCAGAAUAUCCAAAAUUUUCAUCUAUUAAAGUUGGAAUGAUAGAAGAUAAUUCUUUUAAGAAUGAAAAUGAUCCGAACGCUUCUUUUACCUACCAAGAAACUGCUAAGAGAAAACAGAUGACAAGAAGCUUUGCAUCUCCUUUGCACUCUGCUUCUAACAAAUUGGGGUCAUCAAUCAUGUCAGGGUAUAUGCAUUCUGCAGAAAACUUGAUCAAGAAUUUUGAUGCUAAUGACCAUGAGAAUGUUAGUAGGCCAACCUGUAAGAUUCCUUCACUGCAGAAACCUUCAAAGAUGAUACACUGUGCACCUCACACCUUAACAGAGAAUUCCUUGGAAUGUGGCAUUGAUUCGAGCACAACUAAUUCUCCAGGAAUGUUGUCAGACAGGCCACUGGCCGACAUCUCAAAUACCAUUUGCAGAGCUUCUGCUAAUAAGAAAGAAACUAUAAUUGAAAAGAGGAGACUUGGAAGGAGAAGUUCAGUCUCUCCAUUCAAAAGACCCCGCAACUCCAGAUUUUGUACCCCUUUAAAUAGUAGCGUUGCUUUUGUGCCUAAUGGUUUAUCCACUUUAGCACCUGAAGAUUCUUGCUGCAGAAGAAGGGUUUCUACUAGAUACCCAGUCCUGCUCCCAAGAAUGUAUGUUAAGGAAUAUUUUGAAGUGCCUCCAUCCCAGUGGGACAUGUUGGAGAAGCUUCCAGACAAGAUAAGAAGGAUGACUCCAGAUAAUGCAGAGAAGUAUUUGUUUCAUGAUGAAUCUGGUUUAGAUUGCAUUGGAGUUGAAGCUUUUUACCAGCUCUUGGUUCAAUCUGGGGCCUCUAUGCAAUAUGUCUCCAAAGAGUGGGUUGCAAACCACUACAAAUGGAUUGUUUGGAAACUUGCAUGUUAUGAGAGAUGCUACCCAACUAAAUCAAUGGGAAAAUUUCUGAAAGUAUCCAAUGUGCUUGAGGAAUUAAAAUAUAGAUAUGAGAGAGAAGUAAAUCAUGGCCAUAAUUCUGCAAUCAAGAGAAUCCUGGAAGGAGAUGCGUCACCUUCUUCAAUGAUGGUGCUAUGCAUAUCUGCUAUUCAUUCUUGUGAUCUGAAGAUUGAGACUGUCUGUGGGUCAUUUGAGACUGUCCCUGGGGCAUUAAAUGGGGCUCAAAAGACUGAUGCUGCAAAAGUGGAACUAACUGAUGGGUGGUAUUCAAUUGAUGCUCUUUUGGACACAUUGCUCUCAAAGCAACUGGUUUCUGGAAAACUUUAUAUUGGACAGAAACUUCGGAUCUGGGGAGCAGGAUUGUGUGGUGGCUGGGUUGGACCUGUUUCACCUCUUGAGGUGCCAAAGGCUGCUAGUUUAUUUCUGCACAUGAAUGGUACAUACAGAGCCCACUGGGCUGAUCGACUGGGAUUAUGUAAGGGUGUUGGUGCUCCUUUGGCACUCAGAUGCAUCAAAAGUGCUGGGGGUCCAGUUCCCCAAACUUUAGUUGGAGUCAAACGAAUAUACCCUGUUCUCUUCAAGGAGAGGUUAAGUAAUGGGGGAUAUAUUGUGAGGUCAGAGAGGAUGGAAACUAGAAUGAGGCAAUUGUACAAUCAGAGGUGCUCUACUAUUAUAGAAGGCAUUAUUUCUGAGUCCGAAAAGGGCAUGAAGGAUUCCCACUGUAAUCAUGACAGUGAUAGUGAAGAAGGUGCAAAAAUUUCAAAGAUUCUUGAAGUAGCUGCUGAACCUGAAGUUUUGAUGGCUGAAAUGAGCUCAGAACAACUAACUUCCUUUGCUACCUAUCAAUCAAAAAUAGAGGGAAUCAGGCAGUUAGAGAUGCAGAAAUCAAUUGAGAAAGCACUUGAAGAUGCUGGCCUAAGUAUGAGAGAAAUCACACCAUUUAUGAGGGUGAGAGUGGUUGGUUUAACUAGUAAAAGUAAUAAGGGAAACGGCUACCAGAGGGAUGGUUUGAUUACGAUCUGGAACCCGACAGAUAAGCAGAAAUUUGAGCUGGUCGAGGGGCAAGCAUAUGCUGUUGCAGGGCUUGUACCUCUAAACUCUGAUUCAGAUACCCUUUACUUACAAGCUAGAGGAUCUACCAGCAGAUGGCAGCCUUUAUCUCCCUCCACAAUUAAAAAUUUUUGGCCAUUUUUCAAUCCUCGCCAAUCUGUCUUAUUAUCAAGUUUGGGUGGAGUUCCACUGUCCAGUGAGUUUGAUAUUGCUGCUUUGGUUGUAUACGUGGGAGAGGUUUAUACAGUCGUUCAUCAAAAGAAGCAGUGGGUGUUUGUGACAGAUGGCUCUGUGUCUGAGUUGCAGCAAGAAGAAUUUUCAAGCUCUUUGCUUGCCAUAAGUUUUUGCUCACCUUGUGUAGACAAUGAUUCAUUUGCACCAAUCAACCAUAAUCUUGCAGGAUCUGUUGUUGGCUUUUGUAAUCUCAUCAAGAGAGCGAAGGACCAAACAAAUCAUUUGUGGGUAGCAGAAGCAACAGAAAAUUCAACCUAUUUCUUGAGUUAUGAUCUUUCACCUUGUUUGCACCUAAAAAAUGCUGCUGCCUCUGCUCAAAGAUGGGCAAAGAUCUCUAGCUUGACCAUCAAGAAGCUGGAGGAGAAGGUUUUAUUUAUUAUUGGUAAUUGUAAAGGAGCUUGCAAGAGUUGACAUGUGUUGAUUCACAUAGAAAGAAUUUUUAUGCAAGCUGCUGGAUGCAGAAAGGACAUUACUCGAAAUGCUGCAGACGAAAAUUGUACAUUGGUCUUUGGUAAUACUUUUGUUACUUGCGGACAGCGGAGUCCCCUCAACACUUGAAGCUCAUAUUUACAAUGUAAAGAUUUGUAUUUUGAAGGAGUUGCUAUCAUUCUUUCCUCAUCAUCCGGUGGGCAGCUAAUUGAGGAACCCAGGUGGAAUGCAUCUCACACAUGCAGAGGAAGGUACCUAAAGCUCAUUUUAAGCUAUGGGAAAGCCGCCUCAGUUUUGUUGUAUUGAUAGGUAAACUGUGAUUAUCUUAAAAUCAAACACUCCUGUUUAGCAGUUAAAAAAAGCCAGCUGCAUUCUCUUUUCUUGCAAUGAAUUUGUAAAUAUUUCUAUGCAAAAUCCACCCUUAAUUAUUUCUGUAGGAUGGAGAAGACUGGAGGGAAGCAUGAAGCUGGAAUGGCCAUAAAUAUUUACUUGGUCAAGGGUUCGUGUAUUUUGACGUCAAAAUAUACACUUUGUACAAGUAGUUAAGAAGUCGUGGAGCAUUGCGUGUGCAGGGGUAUGUGUGUGCGCGGAAAGAUUUGAAGAGCCAUUAUAUAGAGAUUUGAUAGUUUAUGAAAGAGGUGUCAUAUUGAAGCAAAUGACAAAAAAAGUUGUUUUAACUGUCGUGAAAUUAUAUAAGACAGAUAAAGGAUAAUUAUUUCUAAAACUUAUUGAGAAUGCUUAUUUU